AUGGAAGACGAAGAAGCUGAUGAAAGAUGCAGUACGUGGAAUUUUAUCGAAAAACGAGAAUCGAAUAAUUUUCGUCAAUCGAAUAAUAACAGUUAUUAUCAUAAUCAACAACUUCAUUCACCGAUUGGAAUUGGAAAAACACGUGGAAAUGGUCUUGAAACAACUGCAACUUUUCGACAAUUACAAGAUAAUGUGUAUGUCAUCUCUUAACUAAUUAAUUAAAUAUUAUACGUCAUGUUUUAUUAUCUUUUUUAUUUUUCUAUUUUUAAAACUUGAAUUAUAGACCAUUGAGCCCGUCACUUACCACGUCAACUUAUCAGUUUCACUACGUGACACGAAGAUUGGCUGGUUCAAGUUAUACAACGGUUGAAUUAGAUCACACUGAAAAACCAUUACCGGAACCUGCGAUUCAAAAAGAACAACGAAAUACACAGGUUGGAUUUUUUUUUACCAUAAAUGCAAUAUUUUAUUAAUUACAAGAAGAACUUUUUUCGAGAUCGGCUGAGAAAUUUCAUGAAAGUUAUUUUUUCUUACAACUGUAAUCGGACCAAAAUGGACAUGUGAAUAGUCAUAAAUAUGUGAAAUCUUUAAGAAAAAUAAGAAAAUUAUCACGGAUCUAAAAUUAACUCUAAAAUUAGAAGAAUUCAAAAUGUUUUGAAUCUCACGAAAAAAUCUUUGAAAUAAUCCCUAUCAGUUGUAAUCACCGAAAAUAUUUGGAAAUAUUCCAAACAUUUUAUAAAAAAAGUUCUAUUUUCAAAAAAAACGCAAUUAAUUAUCAUCAAUCCUUCAAGAAAUCUGUUCGAACAGGAUGUAAUUAAUCUCCAUCUCAGACGAUAAAAAACUCAAUUUAUCAGUAUUAAUUAGGUGAUUAUUUUUUAAUUCGCCACAAUAAUUUUUCUUCAUUCAUACUUUUCGAAUAAAUUUCAAAUGUUUUUCUUUCAAAAUGUAUUUUUUAUAGAUGGUCCAAAAUGGAUCGAGUUCAUAUCAUCGAUCAUCUGAUACAUAUAUUCGAUCUUAUUCAUCAACAACAUCAUCGUCAAAUCAAAAUAAUCAAGUAAUUUCGAAACGAAUUUCACCAACACAAAGAUUAUCACAGUAUUCGUUGCACAGUAUUAUUGGUCAGUUUUGAAAGUUUUCCAAUUUACGGAACAAAAAGUGUUUUUGUGUCAGCGGUUAUGUCAAGUGUACUUGUUUGGGAUUAG